AUGAGCGAGGUGCUUCUUGUGCUUCCCCCAGCGCCUGCCUGUAGCACUGGGGAGUCGGAGAACCUCUCCACAUUCUCCUUCUCUGUCAACCACUCGUUGAAUUAUUCAAGAAGAGCGCACUCCGAGAACGAAAUUGUUGCGUCUGCGGCCGGUUCUCCAACAAGGCGAGUUUCUCCUCACCCACCACCUCUCCACGCUGAAGAGAGUUACCAGCGCAUGCUAAUCACGUUGGAGUGUCAGUUGGAGUUUAUGACGUUAGCGCAGUGGCGCCUUGCAAUGGAAGCGCGCCUCAAAACGGAGCUCCUGCGAGGUCGGAUGCAAACCGUGAUGUUGCAGGAGGCUCUCUUACAACACCGUGUGACUCGCGUCGCCCAUGUCGAGGAGCGCUUUGGGCAGCCUGUGGGGUGCCCUACCUACCCGCGUCUCAUGCAGGACGAGUUCUUCGAGCGGGAGUACGUUGCGUUGCAGGAGACAGUGGGGUUUCUGGCUAUUUGGUCGAAGCUCAUACCAGCACGGCUGUCUAUGCUGGAGACGCCCACUUUCUUCGCCGAGGUCACGCCAAAGUCGCCGGGCGUGGGGCUCGCAACAUUCACCUUUGCACCAAGUUUGCUGACCGCAACCGGUACGGACAACCGCCUGAAUGCGUUGCGCAAAACUAUUCGGAGUCUACGGGGUGACCUCGCCGCCGUCCGCGACGAGGCGGAGGUGCUUAGUUUCGCACUUGCUGAGGAACAACCGGACGACAGCGCCGGGACCGAAGGUGCCCGAAGUGUCACAAAUACAACUGGAAUGUGCAAGGGAGGAGGCUCGGAACAUGCGAGUUAUGCGAUCACUGUCAUGCGGUUGGCAGCGCGGCAGGUGGACGAGCUGCGCGGCAAGGUGUUUGGGCUUACGAAGCGGCUGUGUGAGAGGGAGCAGUCCCUGGAUAGCGCUCAACGAUGCCUGGCCGACGCGAAGGAGCGCGGCGCGCAAUUGCAGCAAAUUUUGAACGCCACGGAGGAGGUGGCGGCGGCAGCCGCCUCGCAAUGCCAGUUGCGCGUUUCUCGCGCCGCUGCCUCUGCUCAACAUGACGGCGCUGGGAAACAGCUGGAAAACACACCUGAGACGUACGCGAUGCGGGUGUUGCAGGAGCUUCGCCGAUCUGCAUUAAUGCUGGGCAAAGAAAUCGAUUGUCAGAAAGAGAGGACACGGCGAGAGCUACGUGAGCGAGACGCGGUGCUUGAGAUGGUAUACUCACAGGUGGGGAGGCUGGCAUCCCUCAUGCCGCAUUCUCUGUCUUUCUCUGGGUGGAAACAGGAGGGGGUUAACAUGACGAACAUUACCCUUCAACUGGAGAGCAUCAUCACGGCUGUGACGGCCUUGAAAAGUGACCACGACGAGGGACUCGCGAGGGGCGCUCAACUCUUUCCGUCGGUGCCUCGGUCGUCGGAGGUGGCCGCGCUGCGAUCGACCAUUGAGCAAAUGCGUUCAACAAUUGAGCUGCUACUCUGCGAAGCGGGCCGCGCAGGCGAGGCUCAUUUCGGCGUCGCUUCUGCCGUUCCUGCGUUGCCCAUCGCAAAUUGUCGCACGGAUGUUCUGACGAUGGUGCUGCGCCGGCUUGAAGAGGUGCGGGGUGAAAAAAUAUUUUUGGAGCUCCAGCUUGAGGAGAAGCGCAGACAUCCUCCACCGCUUGUGAGUCAGAACUCGUGCCAUGGACAAGCCAUUGCGGAUGAUGCUGAAGGGGGAACAGGGCCUGGUGAUAACACGUGGUUUCAGUCUGUUCACCGGCUUUCUGAGGCCAGCAUACUCUUGCAGGACGAAUUGAGGCUAGAGCGGGAGGUUGGGCUGUCGCUGAGGGCGAGGCUUACGGAUUCUGAGCGGUUUAUACGUGAACUGCAGAAGCAGUGCCGUCGACUGCGUCAGAGUGGACGCUUUGAUGCCUACGAGGUCAUGGAGCAGUUAGGGAGUGACAGUGACGAGGAUGCCGCGGAGGAAUCUGAUGGCGACAGCGGCGAUGAUGGCACAUGCAUGCCUUUCAUGGAGUCUCAGCAAGCGAGGGGAAAAAAGGCUAUAGGGGGGAUGUGCCCAAGUGAGGAGUUGUGUACGGCGUCCAUCUCCAGGCGUCAUGCGAAGUCCCCGAUAGCGUCGACGGACACCUCAUUUUCGCUGCGACCGCUGGCUGGGAUCGCAGGGCCGCUUGCCUCCAUGUCUGAGGGGGAGCGGAUUGCUUGUGCGCGAGAUCAGCAUCGAUUGCUGGAGGCAAUGCGUGAGGUGCACGGCAUUAAGCUCUCCACACUCUUAAUGGAUGAAGAGCGCCAGCGGUCGUCGUGCAACCCGCAUGACAUUUGGGGUGUCUUUCUUGCGUGCAGCAUCUCUUUGCACACAUUCUUUAAGGCGGCUGGGCCUUCUGUAAAAUUUGCACGGCACGUGGCAGUUAUUUAUCCGCUUCCACCCACCAUGGCGUACUCGCUGCCUGUGCGUCAGCUUCUGUGUCCCCUCAAGGGCCGCCGCACGCCAUUGCAUGCGAAAAACACUGGAGCAUCUGUGGAAGUUUUUGACCUUCGUGAGGAGUUUCAGUCCACGGGAAAUUAUCUUCGAGGGUGCAUGGAUGUUUACUUCUCCCAAGAUGGCCGCUUUAUGUAUGCAUUGACUUCCGCAGACGCCGAUGUAAUUGCGCGGCUGUGCGCACCGGAUUGCCUCAACAUUCCUGCAGAGCGCCAAUUCCGCUUCGCUGGCUCACUGCCGAAAGGAAUGCCAAUCCACAAGCGUGGGGGCAGCAGCGGCAGUAAUAGCAACAACAACAACAACAAGAGUAGCAACACGAUCAACCACAACAUCAUGUAUGCAGGCGAGGCGGAUGCGGCGCCACUUCCAAUGGAUAUGUUGGGUUGGUGUGGCCGCGGUGGCAUGUGCGCAUGGGCGGUAGAUUGCAUGCAAUUUGAUUCUGCAGCAGAGAAGGUCCGUUUCGAGAAGCAUUUGCAGAGCGAGUACCGCCUCGUGCUACGCCUCUCUGCGAGGGAGGUGCAGCACUUUGUGGGGGGCAGUAUGGAGAUGAUGGGGCUGAACAGCGCCGACAGGGCCGUGGCGCGGCUUUUCAUGUCACGGACGGCGUACGAGGCGCUCUCCCCGGUGCAUCGCGUCCAACUCUUGCAGUGGUACGGUGGACCGCAAGCUGUGACGCUGUUAAAUCUGGUGAACAUUGAGCGUGUGACGGCCGCGCCUCUGCGGCGUCUUGUGGUGCUGGUGCAGUGGCACGGCCGCGUGCCUCUCUCCAAGACGCCUACAGGCGAGACCCUUGAGCGGUUUGGCAUCCAGCAUCCAGAACAACGCCAUCUGCUACGACAGUUUGUGUCUUCGCAGCGCCCCAGCCUUUGA